UACUCAAAACUUCUUCCUUUAUUCUAAUACUACCACCACUACUACCAUUUGGGUGCUACUAAACUAGCUAGGCUCAGUUUUUUCCUUUUCAAAAACUUACCAAUAAUAUAAGCUCACUCUCCUAACUUAAUUUCCUCCUCAUCCACAGCAGAAGAAACUAAGACAAAGGAGGAUCAACUAGGGUUAUCGAGAAGAAGCAUGAAGAAGAGGCAAAUAGUAGUGAGGAAAGAGGGAUCUCGAAGAUGCUCGAGUGGCUCAGCGGUGAGGACUGUGAGGUAUGCAGAGUGCCAGAAGAACCAUGCAGCAAGCUUGGGAGGAUAUGCUGUGGAUGGAUGCAGGGAGUUCAUGGCAAGCGGUGAAGAGGGAACCAGUGGGGCGCUAACAUGUGCUGCUUGUGGCUGCCACAGGAACUUCCAUAGGAAAGAAGUGGAAAGUAGUGUUGCUGAGGCUGUUUCUGAGUCUUCUUCGUGACUUUUCUUGUUCAAAUGAUCAUCAUGUCUAGCUCAAAAGGCAGGGAAACAUGGACAGAAAGGUCAGAUUAAGGUCCCUCUAUCUUGUAUGCCAGUGGCUCUCGCAGCCUUGGUAUGUGAUUGAACUGAGUAUAAUUGUUGCUCAAUUGAUUGAUGAUGAUCAUCUUAAAAACAGAUUUAAUCGAGUGAAAAAUAUCAACUAUUGGAGUUAUACUUGUUAUGGAAUUAAUAUGCUGGUUUUUUCGCCU